AUGCGACCAGAAGGCCCAAGAGAUGACUUUGCCGGUCCUGAUACUGGCCCAGAGGCACCGUUUCCCAUCCGCAUGUCCGGGCCAGUGAUCAAGGGCUUUGGAAGAGGCAGCAAAGAGCUUGGUAUCCCAACCGCAAACAUCCCCGCCGAGUCACUAUCGGAGCAUCCUGACCUCCAGCUCGGCGUAUACUACGGCGUUGCAGCCCUUGAUCCAGCGCAGUUCAAGCACACACGCACAGAAGGUGAUGCCGCUAACCAGCCUGCAAAUACGGGUACGGCCAUCUUUCCCUGUGUGCUGAGCAUCGGCUAUAAUCCGUUCUAUAAAAACACCGUCCGCUCAGUGGAAAUUCACAUUCUACCUCAUCUGUCAAUGCAGUCAUCUCCCCCCCCUGCGUCAUCUGCAGAGGCUUCUGAACGCCCGCAGUUCCACCAUUUCCCCGACUUCUAUGGAACGCCACUUAACUUGCUGAUCCUCGGCUAUAUUCGACCGGAAUAUGACUACGUAAGCCGUGAAGCGUUGAUUGACGAUAUUCGCAUCGACUGUGAUGUGGCGAGGCGAAGCUUGAAACGAAAGGCAUAUGCUGUCUUUUUGAAUGACGAGGAAACCAGUGACCAAAAGGCUGAUGAGGCAAGGGCGUGGCUGAGGAGGUUUUAG